AUCAACUGAUCAACUAGAUGGCAGUGUUGUUUCGCUGAAUUACUUUCUAUCGAUUCUUGAUAAAUAUUAAAUUUCGUCAGGUCAGUAUUUUCGUCAAGACAGGCGUGGCGAUAACUGUAAACAGUGUAAACUGGUCACUGGUCAGUAGUAGCCAGUUGCUACUUGCUAGUCAGUACUCAGUACCCACUACCCUCGGUGGCUAGCCAGUAGUCAGUAAGUACUUAGCACUUACACUGCAGUCUGCUUUCUGCUGUAGGUAUACCUAAUCAACAGAUACUUUAAAACGAUGCCUUUAGCCAACAUUACUCGCGUUGAGAAGUUUAGCUCCUGUCAUCGGCUCCACAGCAACAAUUUAAGCAAUGAAGAAAAUUUAAAAAUUUUUGGCAAAUGUAACAAUAAAAAUGGUCAUGGACAUAACUAUAAAGUUGAAGUUACAGUUAAGGGUCUAAUUGAUGAAAAUACAGGCAUGGUUAUGAAUGUGGCUGAUUUAAAAAAAUAUAUUGACAUUGCUGUAAUGGAGCCAUUGGAUCAUAAAAAUCUAGAUUUGGAUGUACCUUAUUUUAAAAAUCAUGUUAGUACAACCGAAAAUGUUGCAAUUUUUAUAUGGCAAAGUUUGAAAGAUGUAAUGCAUAAUCCUAAUCUAUUAUAUAAAGUUAAAUUAUUUGAAACUGAUAAAAAUAUUGUUGUUUAUAAAGGUGAAUAGUAUAUUAUUUUUGUCAUAAUAAUAAUAAUUGUAUUUUCAUAAAAUUUAAAUUUUUAUUGUUUAAUAAAGAAAUCGAAUUUAUUAUUUUUAUAUUAUAUACAAUUAAAUUUAUUUACAUAUUUUACUAUAAUUUAUGUGUAAGAUUAAUAUUCAAAUAAAAUAUGUCCAUUUUUUUUUUUUUUAAAGCCAUUAUUAUGAAACUUUGAAAGCUCAACAGUUACAAAAUAAAACAAAAUAAUAUUAUAUAAAUAACAAAUAAGAUCAUUAUAAUAGGAAGACCAAUUCAUAAGUCUAUUUAUUGAUGUUUUUUAGAUCAUUUAAAUGUAGAAUAUUUUAUGCUAGUCUUUAUCAUAUUUUCCAGGCCCUUUCAAUAAAUAUUGCAUGAUUACAGUUAGUCCACAUUAAUUUAUCAUUAAAAAAAUUGUGAUCAAUUAUCUGGUAAUCAAAUAUAUUCGUUUUUAUACAUAUUUAUAUUACUGUUGCUACUGUUAAAAUUUUGAAAGUAUUAUCAUUACGUUA